CCGGGCGUCCGCUCUGCCCGUGCCACGUCUCUAUGGCGACCCUAACGGCCGACUGGGUCGCCGAGCGAGAUGAGCGCGGGCGCUGACGGCGGUGGCGCUGCGGCGGCGCGGUCCCGAGAGGGUAGUUCCGCGAAGGAUGGCUUCGUCCCGUCGGCACUGGGGACCCGAGAGCAUUGGGAUGCUGUCUAUGAGAGAGAACUGCAAACUUUUCAAGAAUAUGGAGAUACAGGAGAAAUCUGGUUUGGGGAAGAGAGUAUGAAUCGACUAAUAAAGUGGAUGCAGAAACACAAGAUUCCACUGGAUGCUUCAGUGCUUGAUAUUGGAACUGGAAAUGGUGUUUUCCUGGUUGAACUUGCAAAAUUUGGUUUUUCUAAUAUUACUGGAAUUGAUUAUUCUCCUUCUGCAAUUCAGCUUUCUGGAAAUAUUAUAGAGAAAGAAGGGUUAUCUAACAUUAACUUGAAGGUAGAAGACUUUUUGAAUCUUUCCACAAAGCUGUCUGGAUUUCAUAUUUGUAUUGAUAAAGGAACUUUUGAUGCCAUCAGCCUUAAUCCUGACAAUGCAGUUGAGAAGAGGAAGCAGUAUGUGAAAUCUCUCUCCAGCGUGUUAAGAGUAAAAGGUUUUUUCCUAAUAACUUCAUGUAAUUGGACCAAGGAAGAGUUGCUAAAUGAAUUCAGUGAAGCUUACUUUACCCAGAGCUCUUCUAUCCAGUGAGUUGCAAGCGUGACAUUUGCUGUGUUUUCAGCACCUGCCAACUUGGAAACCAGGGUUUGUGCUCAGGACGUAGGCUUACAACCCAUACUUUGUGGUACACAAUGCUGUCCCAGCUGGCAUGCUUUGGUACCUCAAUGGUGCUAGACAUUCAGUUACAAAGCUUUGCGGCUUCACAUGCUCUGCUUUCAACUCUUAUUUUGUAUCAAAGGAGUGAGAUUGGUAUCAUUAAAUUCACCGUGGUGGUGAUUUUUCAAUGAAAAUAAAUUUGCUUUUUUAGUUCUUGGAUCAAAAUGUGAUUUUGUCUUCAAGAAUCAAAGUGCCUCUUUAAAAAGUUUAAAAUUGUACACGCAAAUGCACAAGUGUGCAUGUGUGUAUAAGCUGGAUAAUAUGUAUUUAUAUAUGACACAUAUAUAUCUAUGGAGAUCUAUAUCUAUACAUGAAUGAUUCAAGCCAGAGAUAAAAUUUUCAUCGAUAUAAAGAACAACAGGAAAGAACAGAAAGAUUAGUAUGUCAUAGUAGAUAGGGCUAUUAGUUAUAGCUGGACAGAGAUGAGGAAAUACAGGCCUUGUUUUUAUGAAUAAGAUCUGUAUAAAAUUGCCCCCAUGAUUGGUUCAUUUUUGGUUUCUAGCUAUAAACAGAAACAUUUCAUAUUUUCCAAAAAUAGUAUAUUCUACUAACUUAUUUUCAGUAGCCGGACUCUUUGAAAGCAUUUCAGGUGGAUUUGGUGAUGUGUGUCUUUCCAUGAUGCAUUAUAAGCAAUUUUAAAAGGUUUUGCUUGAAAAAAGAUCUUUUCAGAUGUAGAAAGAACACUGUGAAAUGUGAAUGACUGGCUUUUAAUACAACAGUUGUGACAAAGAGGCAGUGGCUUUUAGAAGCUGAAUAAAGGGGUUAAUACACAUGCGUCUGCAUACUGCUGUUAGGCCCAGUGUAUAACGUGUUUGACAUUUGUUUAGUUCACUUUGUUAGUGUACAAAGAAUAGUAUGUUAUUCUCUCAAACCAGUUUCUAAUUUUUUUAGUGGUGAGCUCUUAAAAACCAUAGGUACAGGGAGAUUUUGAUGGGGGCAUCUGAACAUUCACUGGCACUAGCUCUGACUUCAAAGCCUAGCUCUUUGUCAUUUGAACAUCACAUUUAUCCUGGUUCUAAAGGCAUAAAAUUAAACACAACUAACUGCCUCAGACACUCCUUAGUGCGUAUCAGAACCCAACCUUUACCCUCCUUUGUACAAAUGUGCUUAGGUGAAUACUUUUAUUAGCUUGUUGAUACAUGUUAUAGUUGGUUACACCCUAUCUUAAUAAAAUACACCCUUAUUGUCUCCUGUUGCUUAAGAGCUUUAAACUUGGAAUGAGGGAGCUCUCUAAUAUAGAGUGAUGCUCAAUUUCAGUCGUCCAGGCAGUUUUGAGUGGAUGCAUACUAUGCACACAAGCACUCUUCUAUUUGGUAGUCCUCUCAUGGUGGGAGCAAGAGAGCCAGUGUUUCUGUGCUUUUUCCCUGGGCCUCAUAUAUUGGUCUUGGAGACUGUAAGUAUAAUUUUAUGUUUUCACAGGGUGUUCCAUGUUCUAAUUAGGCUAGUGUUUGUCAAAGAUAAUGGAAAAGAUAUAAGUGAUAGCUUUCAGAUUAUUUAUGGAUUUAUUCUUAAAUUGGGGUGUGGAUUUGUGUUUAGGUGCUUGGUUGUGCUCUAAAUCUGGUUCUGAUUUGGUUGACUGGUAAGUACUGAACAAAGGUAGACAGUUUAGAUUCCCCCACCCGCAGAUUGCAGUUUACAUAGUUUAAAAUUCAGAGUUUGGAUAACAACCUUUUAGGUAGGAUUUUUUUAAAUGAAGAACUAUGAAGAUUUAGUACUAAGAAGUGUGGGUAUUUUAUGACUUAUCACAACAUGUGGGGAGAGCCUAUGGUAUGGAAGACUAAGUGACACAGACCUUGAUGUAUAUAUUUUUAGCCUUUGAGGAUGUGAAAUAGCUAUUCAUUGAAGUUAACUUGGCUUCUUGAGCAGGAAUUUUAGUUCUAAACAUCAAGAAAGCCUCAGAACCAGAAAAACAGGCUGCUUUGGGUUGGAAAGAAGGAGUUACAGCAAAGGAGGUGCCCAUAACCACCGUCCUUGGAAUUUUGUGAGAUUAACAUCAUCCUGAAAGCAAAAAGAAUAAUGGUUGCAAUAAUUGUUUCCAGGCUUAGGACCCCUGCAUCUUGUUUUUUAAGUUGAACCGAUGAACUAGUAAUUGUAGGAAUAAACUGAAUGUUUGCCAGCAGGAGUCACUCUAGUACUUCUAAUAAAAAGUUAGCAAAUUAAACUAUAUCCUUAAAGCUCUGAAAGGCUGAGGUGGUAGAGACUGUGAUGAGAUAGCUUUAGGGAAAUACUGUUAUUUUUCCUUAAGUGUAGAAGCCCUCUCGCUUUAACCUUGUGCCUUCCUUUGUUCAUUCUCGGUACUUGUUUCUUUUAAAAUUGUCCUUAGUACAUUUUUAAAUAAAAAGUAAUAUUUAUGGGUAAAGAUAUCAGUAUUUUGGUAUUCUGCAUAUUUGCGUAUUUCAGUUCUCUGGAUGAACUGAUUAUGUCCUACAUCGUGUACUUGAAAUGAAUGGACUCAUCCUUUCUACUGAUUGUUGUUUAUCCUAAUCUUGUACCAGAAUCACUGGAGUGAGCUGUAGUGAGUGUGAAAUGAGAUGUUAGCUCAUGCUUUUCUGAAAAGAAUGGGUCCACUGUGAUGACAAGCUGAAAUAUUUCAGCAAUAGUCAUGAAAUAUAAUCGUUUCCCAAGUGCACACAAGCUCAAGAAGUUAAUUGUUCAUUUAUGUUUGAUACUGGGAUUGAAACAUUGGAUUAAAACCAAUUAAAUGUUCCUAGAAGCAACAGAAAAAGUUUCCUGAUUUAUGAAUAGAACCAUUCAAAUGGUGCAGACACAAUCCAUGUAAAGUAAUGAGGUGUUUUGUUUUUUUGGCAAAGCAGAACACAAAACAGGCAUAGGGAGUUCUUUUUUAAAAACGUCUUUAAAAAUCUUUUUGGAUACAAGGUCAAUAAAAUAACAUCCAUCAGUAGGAAGGAGUAAUGGGAAAUCUAGGGCUUCACUCACAAGGAAAACAAUCCCCCUCCCCCAGGUGAGCUGCACAAUGAAAAUACUCUGCUUAUUCUAUCAGGGUUACAUUCCUGAACUUAAGUCAACAUCCUAAGUUACAGAGCUAAACAUGCUCUGCCUCUGCUUAGCAACCACAAAUCCUUCCUUCGCCAGUUGCCUGUAUUUUGGAUGAGGCUUCUGAAGUACACAUUCCUUUAUUUCGGUCGCGCUCCGAAUUAGGAAACUAGCGCUUUAUGUUAGUUCUAAGUGUGACAACACUAAGAGGUCCCCCUCCCCUGCCUCCUGCACACCACAGAAACGAUGAUUUCUUUUCAACCUCAACACCUAACAACCCGGAAGCUGGAUGUCCGAAGCCCACGCGGCCCAGGAUUUUCGUUCUGGAUUGUGCGUGGAAGACGGGGAGAGAGGCCCCUGGAGAUCUUGACCAGGCAGCUACGGUGGUGACGCGGCCCGGGCCUGGGGCCACUUCCCGCGUCCCGGGGCCUCGUAGGCGCGAGCUCGGCAAGCAGCGCGCGGUUCAGCUCGUAGGACGCCCUCUAGCCCCCGCCGGCGGC